AUGCGCGGGCGGCGGCGGGAGCAGCCCCGGGAGCAGCAGCGGCAGCGGGGCCCGGCGCUGUCUGCCGCCGUCGGGGCGUUGUGCCGGGCCCUGCCGCCCCACGCCCGGCCCGCCCCCGACACCCUGCGCCGCGCCAGGUUCGACCGGCCGCAGGCGAGCCUGGACUUCUGGAAGCUGCUGUAUGUGCUUCUGAAGCAGAUCCACGGGGGCAGCUGGACAGAGUCUGAUGCUAUAGGUGCCCAGGUGAGGUUUGUGCAGUGGGCUCUGUGGUACCACGGCUACCGGCGGCCCCAGCUCCGGCGGCUGCCGGCCGACGGCUCCGCGGGCAGCCGGGAGCUGCUGCUGGCCUUCUCCUGGCUGCUGCACUGCCCCGGCCUCCUGGAGCAGCUGCUGGCCCACAACAGAGUGCAGACUGGGGACCACACCUCUGUGUGCACGUGUGAAGAUGAUGUGCCUGAGAGCCAGGAAGGCCCAGGUGAAGCAGGGCCUGAAGGCAGAGUGGAUGUUCGGUACCUGCAGUGGUUGCACGGGAGGCUGAGGUUGCAGUGGUGCAGUUUGCACGCUCAGCACCAGGAGCAAUGCAAACUUUUGCACAAGAUCCAUUCAUUCACCAGUGGCUCCCACAUGGACCAGAACCUUGGACAUUUCUCUGUCACAGAAGCAGAUAUCAUUAGACAUCCAGAGAACUACAAGCAGCUGUUGCAGCUCCUGGAGUCUGAGACCACGCAGCUGGAAGCCUUUCUGGAAUGGAAGCAACUGGAACCAGUUUACUGGCAGUGGAUGGAAACUGUGUUGGAUGACAUGGUUGAGGAGGGAAAUAUGUGUGAGUCCCGGGAUGCUGAUGUGGAGAAAAGAAGGCUGCCAGAGGUGACCUCCUGCUGCCCCUGGGCUGCCAGGCUGGCUGGGCAAAUGGACAGGUUAUCCAGGGACCUGCUGGCUCUGCAGGAGCAGCUGCAUCAGCUCGUGGCUCAGAGAAAGGCUGCCUGGUGGGAGAAGGUGGCAGCAAGAGAAGAGCUGCAGAAGGAGAGGUUCUCUGCCACUGCUAGAAAAGCACGGGAAAGCACUGACCUGAAACUGAGGGGUCUCCCAUCCCUCUGUGCUCCACAGAAAACCAGAAUGCAUGGUUUGUGCAGGCUGGUGCUGAGGAGCAAACAGCCUGCCAGCAAAGUGGCCUCUGGUCAGUGUGUGUCCAAGGAGGCUGCUGCAGCUCUCAGGGCUACAGAGGUGAUCAGAGAGCUGCAGCUGAGGGAGGCCAGCCUGCAGAGAGAGCUGCAGCAGCUGCAGCAGCAGUGCAGGACCAGGCUGGAUGGCAUUGCAGAGGGCUUGGAAGGAGUGAUUUGUAUCUCCCCCUGAAGAGAGGAACCUGGGCUGGGAGAGGCAAAGGAUUAGAGUGGCUUGGUCACAUUGUGCAGCCUGGCACGGGGGUGUGUGAGCUGAGGAACCAAAUGGAAUUUCUAAUUCUGCAGCCUGGGAAUCAUAACUUGUUACUGCUUUGUGACUUGUGCUGGGGCCACAGCCCCAGUGCUCUCUCUGCAGCCCCUUUAUUGCUAACCCUGCCAAUUAAAUCCUGCAUUAGGCCUUGGUGGGAGUGUGCAUAAAUCUCCCUUUUAUCUUCUGGAUUUCUGGUUCUUCUGCCAAGCCCUGGGCUCUUUACAGUGCUCAGCUGUGAGGCACGGUGUACACUGAGGCUGUGCAUUGAAGUACUAAUUGCAUUCAAUAUUUCCCAGCAAUUGGAAGAGUUCAUUAGUCAGAAAAAUCCAAGUAUUGGAGAACAUGAAAAAUAUCAAGGCUUAGAGAGAUUGGAAAUAUUCAAGAGUGUGUUGUUUUAAUUCAGCUGCUCGGAGUAUUUGUGGCAGCUGUAAUGUAGUCACAAUAAAGAAAAACAAAUGCCUAAUAAUAAAUAAAGCCCUGCACUGAUUUCAUUUACUGGUGUGAUGCACUUGAAGUAAUUGGGUUCUCAAAGAGAACAAACUAGAAACCAUUCCAUCAGCUCCUGAGUCACAGUGAGAUGGAUAACUUCUGGGCCUGCUAUAGGAAGUUUCUGUGGUACAGAAAUACAACCCUAACUUCUACACUUGAGGAGUCUCCAGGUUCUGUCUCUGAAGGCUUCUUCCCUUGGAACAGUGAAAUGCUUUUCCUUUGGCCUUAAUUUCCUACCCUUUUCUGCUUUGCUUUCACCAAGGAAUAUUUUUAUGUUCUAGUUGUACA